AUGAGGGGAGAUGCAGUACCCAACGCAUAUAAAGAUGCUGCGGCCGUUGCUGCUGCUGCUGCUGGUUCUUGUGCUACUGCUGUUGCUUUUGCUGCUGAUGAUCUUGCUGCUGCUGCUUCUGCUGCUGUUGCUGCUGCUGAGGCUGCUGCUGCUGCUACUGUUGUCGCUACUACUUAUGAUGGGAAUUAUGACGAUGCUGGGGCUGCUGCUGAUGCUGCUGCUGCGGUUGCUGCUGAUGCUGCUGCAGCUUGUGCUGCAGCUUGUGCUGCAGCAGCAGCAGCAGCAAACAAGCAGCCCGGAGCCUUCCAGUUGACGCAGGAGGGGAGCAGCAAGCUGCAGCAGAAGAUACUGCAGCAGAGGAGACAGCAGCAGAGGAGACAGCAGCAAGACACAGGGGCCCCCCUGGCCUCCUGCAGAUACAAAGAGCGAAGGCCCAAAGCCGCCUGCGUCUCCGUGCAGCAUCGAAACGAUGUGAAGCAGCAGAAGCAGCAGCAGCAGCAGCAGCAGCAGCAGCAGCAGCAGCAGCAGGAGCAGCAGGAGACAAAGACAGGGAAGCCGUUGCUUCAGCAGCUCAUUUUACACCUCUGGGUAGCUGCGGGGAGCAGCAGCAGAGCAGCAAGCUCCUGCAGCUGUCUCCAGCAGCAAACUGCUGCUGCUGCAACCAGCAGCAACCUGCUGCAGCUGACUCCGCCUCUGCUGUGCCUUUGA